GCACAUAUUAUCAAGAAGUGAUUGCUUCUUAGUCCUACACGUUAUUGAAAACUUAUACCGUCACAAAAAGUGACUACGAUGAGCACGGGUACUACUGCCAGCGGAAUCACCUUCAAGCGCACCCCUGACGCAUCGUUUGAUGUGGUGAAAGGCUUCGACUACGAACCCAAGUACGUCGACAUAGAUGGCUUGCGUAUGGCCUACUAUGACGAGGGCAAGGGCGAGUCGGGACAUACCGUUCUCCUCAUGCACGGUGAACCUACCUGGAGUUAUCUGUACAAAGACAUGAUCCCUCCUCUUCUAGAGGCAGGACACCGAGUCGUUGCACCUGACUUGAUUGGUUUUGGACGUUCGGACAAACCCACAGAGCGCAGCUCCUACACAUACGAAUUACACGUGAAAUGGGUGAAGAUGUUCCUAGAGCAUAUGAAGUUGCUCAACUUGACUGUCUUCUGCCAAGACUGGGGAGGUUUAAUUACGCUGAGGAUAGCCGGAGAUGAGCCUGAUCGUUACGAGAGAAUCGUCGUCUCUAACACCGGGCUGCCGGUUGGUACAAGCCCUGGCCCUGCUUUCGAGAAGUGGCAGCAAACCUCACAGACAACCCCGGUUUUGGACUGUGGUAAGCUUGUAGCGUCUACAGCGGUUAACCGCAAGUUGGAGGAAAGCGAUGUGGCCGCGUUCAAUGCGCCGUUCCCAGAUAACGAUGAGAGCUAUUUGGCGGGUGCGAGAAUAUUCCCUAUGCUUGUACCCAUUUCGCCCGACCAUCCAUCGGUGCCCAAGAACAUUGCCGCCUGGAAGGGCCUCGCAGCACGCGAGAAACCGUUGCUGUCGCUGUGGGGAAUGGGAGACCCCCUAUUAGGCCCCGCCGAACCCGUAUUGAGGAGUAAGGUCCCUGGUGCAAAGGAUCAACCCCAUCAGACCUUCUCUGGCGGCCAUUUCAUGCAAUUCGAGCACGGACCCGAGCUAGCCAAGGCAAUCAAUGAUUGGCUGAAAUAGGAUGUGUUUCAAGACGAACAUCUAAAAAACUAUGAAAUUAACGUAUGUACAUAGUCGAGAUGUCAACAUCUAUGGAAUAAAUAUAAUGUGAAGCAUACGUAUGAUAUACUGAAUGCGGAU